CGAAAUUCCAAGUAUACAAAGCAAAGCAGCUCCGUCGCAGAAAAGGACCGAACGACACCUCGAAGCUGCCCGUCUGCCUCCAAGCGCGCUCGUGUCCCCAAACCAUACCUACCUUACCAGGUUCCCGUAUCGGCGACAUCUGUCGCAACAAGAUACAGACUCCCUCCAGAGCGAGCCACGAUAAUCGUCAAAUACGAUGGGCAAGCGCAAGAGUUCGAGAAAGCCCCAGGGGCCCAAGAAGCGCGACCCGCUGCCCACCAACUUCACAUGCCUCUUCUGCAACCACGAAAACGCGAUCGAAAUCAAGCUGGACAAGAAGUCGGGUUGCGGCUGGCUCAACUGCAAGAUCUGCGGCCAAAAAUUCCAAUGCGGCAUCAAUUAUCUCUCCUCCCCGAUAGAUGUCUACAGCGAGUGGGUGGAUGCAGCAGAUGCUGUCGCCCAGGAGGCGCGCGAAACCCAGGACAGAUCCGCUGGCGGUGCCAAGUUGAGUAGCAGGCGGGUAGGCGAAUCGAGGCAGAGGAUGGACGAGGAGGAUGAAGGCGAGGGCGGCUAUGAAGGCGAGGGUAUCGUCGGCGACGAUGAAGAUUACGAUUGACUAUGAGGCUUGGGGAAGAUGGAUGUUUCUGUACUGUUAUUCGGGUUGGGAUAUAGGAGCCGCGAGGAAAGCGGUCGAUACCAGUUCACGCCGGCCGGGGUCGGCGCAGGGCCACUUCAUUGGACAGAAUCUGUAAUACUACGCUGUGUCUUUAUGCAAACGCUAA